AUGGGGCUGAGCUGUCUCCUGCUGCUGUCUCUGUCUCCUGAUGCAGCAGCAGCAGCAGCAGCAGCAGCAGCAGCAGCAGCAGGAACAGUAGCAGCAGCAGCAGCAGCAGCAGCAGCAGAAACAGGAACAGUAGCGAGGGAAGAUGGGGAGAAGAUGGCUAGCAGCUGGUUGUGUCCAGCAGCAGCAGCGGCACCCGAAAUAGCAGCAGCAGCAGCAGCAGCAACACCUGUAGCAUCAGUAGCAGGAGCAGCGGCUUUAGCAGCACCAGCAGCAACAGCAGCGACCUCAGAGGCAGCAACGACAACUGCAGCAUCAGCAGCAGCAGCAACUGCUGUAGCAGCAACAGGAACAGCUGUAGGGGCAGCAGCAACAGCUGUAGCUGCAGCAGCAACAGCUCUAGCAGCAGCAGCAACAGCUGUAGCAGGAGCAGCAGCAGCAGUAGCAGCAGCAACAACAGCUCAAGAAGCAGCAGCAACAGCAGCAGCAGCAGCAGCAACAGCAGUAGCAGCAGCAGCAGGGACAGCCGUACUAAAAAUUGGAGACAGCCAGGAAAGACCCAUCACUGAGGCGCAGCAGCAGCAGCAACAGCAACAGCAGCAACAGCAGCAGCAGCAGCAGCAACAGCAGCAAAAGCAGCAGCAGCAAAAGCAGCAGCAGCAAAAGCAGCAGCAGCAAGAGCAACAGCAGCAGCAUCAGUAG